ACCAAACCUGACGCCAGGGGCCGGAACUACAGUUUCCACUGCGCGGCAAGGUAGGAGGAAGAAGGGCACUGAGGGCUGCAAAGGUAACGAGGAGAAAAAGCAAACACAACCUGCUCGCCAGCCAGCGAGGUGAGAGAGGGGACAGGAAGCCAGAGCCAUGCAGUUCUCCAGCUCAGCCAGAGCAGCAGAUGAGAAUGUGGACUAUUUGUUCAAGGUCAUCCUCAUUGGCGAUUCCAACGUGGGGAAGACAUGUGUGGUGCAGCAUUUUAAAUCUGGAGUCUACACCGAGUCACAGCAGAACACCAUUGGGGUGGACUUCACCGUGCGUUCCCUCGAGAUAGACGGCAAGAAAGUGAAGAUGCAGGUGUGGGACACAGCAGGCCAGGAGCGCUUCCGCACCAUCACCCAAAGCUACUACCGGAGUGCCCACGCUGCCAUCAUUGCCUACGACCUCACACGGCGAUCCACGUUCGAGUCUGUCCCUCACUGGAUUCGCGAGAUAGAAAAAUACGGUGCCGCUAACUUGGUCAUCAUGCUGAUCGGAAACAAAUCGGACCUGUGGGAGAAGCGGCAUGUCCUAUUCGAGGAUGCCUGCACAUUGGCUGAGAAGUACGGCCUCCUGGCUGUCUUGGAGACAUCCGCUAAGGAGUCCAGGAACAUAGACGAAGUCUUCGUCCUCAUGGCCAAAGAGUUAAUUGCCCGCAACAGCCUGCAUCUGUAUGGGGAGAGCGCCCAGCAAGGUCUCUCCCAGGAUUCCAGCCCAAUUUUUGUGGCCCAGGGCCCCAGCGAGAACACCCGCUGUACUUGCUGAAUGCGUGUGGGAAGCCAGAACAGAAGCCAGGGUGCACAGACACCAGUGUCUCCAGGCAGAACUGCAGGCGGAGCCUUACUCCUGGCCUGGAUGGGCAGCACAGACUCUGAGGACAAGGGGAUGCCGAUGUCCUUAAGGACUCCUUGAGAAAUGAGAACUUCAGGACCUGGGGGAAGAGGUUUAGGAUGGACAUUCCCCAUCCUGGUUCUGUCUCCCCAACACCCCAAAUGUUUUAUAGUGGAAUUUUCUUCACUACUGUACAAAGACAGUAGUGAUGGCAAGGAGAAAGUGGGAAUAUGGAGAGAGAUAUUGGAACAUUCUAGAUUUGGAAACAGGUGGGGGAAGGCCUGUAAUAAAAACCAGAGCUGCCAGACUGGUGGCGCACGCCUUUAAUCCCAGCACUCGGGAGGCAGAGGCAGGCAGAUCUCUGUGAGUUCGAGGCCAGCCUGGUCUACAGAGCUAGUUCUAGGACGGCUCCAAAGCCACAGAGAAACCCUGACUCGAAAAACCAAAAAAACAAAACAAAACAAAAACAAAAAAAAAAAACCACACACACUUGCACAAAAUGGCAUGUAUGCACACAAUGGCAUGUACACACACAAUGGUGUGUACAUAUAAACACACACUUGCACACAAUGGCAUGUAAAUACACACACAAUGGCAUGUACAUACACUCACAAGGCAUCCCCAAGAGCUGGAGACAUAGCUUAGCUGAUAGAGUGCUUGCCUAAUAUGCACCAAUCCUGAGCUUCAAGCUUCAAUACCAAGUGCGGUAGUACACACCUAUCAUCCUAGCACUUGGAAAACAGAAGCAGGACAAUUAAAAGUUCAGGGUCAUCGUCACCUACAUAGCAAGUCAGAGGGACAACCGGGGAUACAAGAGACACUGUCAAUAAAUCAAACUAUUAAAAACAAAAGCUUGACCGCUAGUGUUGACAUUUCCUUCUUUCUCUUUUUCUCUGACAGGGUUUCUCUGUGAAGCCCUGGCUGUCCUGGAACUCACUCUGUAGAUAAAGCUGGCCUCAAACUCACAGAGAUCCACCUACCUCUGUCUCUCAAGUGCUGGGAUAAGGGCAUGCGUCACCACCAUCCACAUUUCUAAUCCCAGCGGUGAUGUGGGAUCCCCCUCUGUAUGCUGUGAAUGUGCUUUGUUACCACUGGUUAAUAAAGAAGCUGCUUUGGGCCUAUGGCAGGGCAGAAUAGAGUAAGGCAGAAAUUCCAAGCAGAGAGAGGCGGGAAAGAAGGCGGAGUCAGAGAGAUGCCAUGUAGCCACCAAAGGAGACAGAUGCCCCAAACCUUGUCAGUAAGCCACGAGCCUCAUGGUAAUACACAGAUUAAUAAAAAAUGGGUUAACUUAAUAUGUAAGAAAAAUAUACUAAGUAAAAAUAUACUUAAGUUGGUCAAACAGUAUUGUAA